AUGUUUUUUAUACAGUGGUGCGACUGGAGAGCUUUGCUGCGUCUCUUUAGCCAGAUUGACGACACCAUCAAGAGGGAUAGGCUCAACACUGCGUACGAGGAGGGAGACAUGCAAGCAUGGGACCUCUCAGACUCGCCAGACUCUGAAUUGCCCGAGUAUUACUUUGACACCCACUGUGAUGAUGUGAUGCUGAGGCUCAAGACAUUCCGAUUCAUCCCCGCCACACGCUUACCACGUGGGUCUCUGCUCCCUGACCUGUUUCCUGUUUGGAAAGAGUUCCAGCUUCAUCACGGAGUUUCUCUCGGUUUGUGGGCUCAUCUAAAGGACCAACGUGGAUCGAGAAGUCAGCGCUCUCAGGAGGCCGACAAUUUCGUUGAAGAAAGAAGUGGAAGAAAAAAAUACAACCGUGACGAGUUUGGGAAAUAUUUUACUGUGAAAGCUUCCCUAAAAAUGCAUCAGGUCAUCCACACCGGAGAGAGACCAUUCAGCUGUGGAGACUGUGGAGAGUCUUUUACCAGGUCUGGACACUUAAAAAGACACCAACUCAUCCACAGUGGAGAGAGACCGUUCAGCUGUGACGAGUGUGGAAAGUCUUUUACCAAGUCUGAAAACUUAAAAACACACCAACUCAUCCACACUGGAGAGAGACCGUUCAGCUGUGGAGACUGUGGAAAGUCUUUUACCAGGUCUGGACACUUAAAAAGACACACACUCAUCCACAGUGGAGAGAGACCGUUCAGCUGUGACGAGUGUGGAAAGUCUUUUACGCAGUCUGAAAACUUAAAAACACACCAACUCAUCCACACUGGAGAGAGACCGUUCAGCUGUGGAGACUGUGGAAAGUCUUUUACGCAGUCUGGAAGCUUAAAAACACACCAACUCAUCCACAGUGGAGAGAGACCGUUCAGCUGUGGAGACUGUGGAAAGUCUUUUACGCAGUCUGGAAGCUUAAAAACACACCAACUCAUCCACACUGGAGAGAGACCGUUUAGCUGUGGAGACUGUGGAAAGUCUUUUACCGAGUCUGGAAGCUUAAAAACACACCAACUCAUCCACACUGGAGAGAGACCGUUCAGCUGUGACGAGUGUGGAAAGUCUUUUACGCACAUUUCAAACUUAAAAUCACACCAACUCAUCCACAGUGGAGUUAAAGCGUACACCUGUGAUCAGUGUGGCAGAGCUUUUACUCACAGUUACAGCUUACAGAGUCAUCUAGUUACCCACUCUGGAAUUAAGGCGUACAGCUGUGACAUUUGUGGAAAAACUUUCAGCCGGAUAGGGAGCCGAAAUAUUCACCUACGCAUUCACACCAGACAUGAUGUGUACAGCUGUGAUCAGUGUGGUAAACAGUUUACUACAAACACAGAGUUACGACGUCACAUGUUUACCCACACUGAGGAACGACCUUAUAAAUGUGACCUGUGUGAGAAGACUUUUAAAUCUCCACGUUGCCUGAGACGACACCAACAGAUCCACACCAGAAAGACUCUACAAGUGCAGUUACUGUGAGAAGCAGAGCGACACAGAUGGAUCAAGUUCUCAACCCUGUCAUCGCUGUGGGAAAGACUUUUGUUGUGACCUUUGUGGAAAAACUUUAAGUCACUGAAGGACUCUGAAAAUACAUCAACGUAGACACACUGGAGACAAAAUGAACUACUGUAAAGAAUGCGGGAGAGGCUUCACCACUUCAAAGGACUUCAAACAAUAUGAACUCCUUCACAGUGGCGUUAAAAAGCAUGUCUGCGAUCAGUGUGGGUCAUCCUUCAUCAGUGCACGUCAGCUUGAAAAGCAUAAACGAGUCCACACAUGAGAGAAACCAUACAAGUGCAGACACUGUGACAAAACCUUUUCACAGUCAUGUGAUCAUACUAAGCAUGAACGCAGACACAUGAAAGAGAACUUCAUCACGGCACCCCCCGU